GACGCUGCAGUCUGCAAGGAUCACAAAGUUGAGAAACUUCUCAUCCUUGACGUGGAAUAGAAACUCUAUGAAAGUAACAAGAAUGAACAGAAAACUGGAGCUUUUCCAAGAAAGUCCUUCUUGAAAACUUGGCAACGAAUAUCAAUAACAGAGGUGUAAGACAAGGACAUUUUCAAAUUCAUUUAGAAAAAUCUGGUAAUCAAGAGCCCAUCUCCAUGAACAAAAGCCAUGCUCUGAGUGUUGUUGGAAUCGUCAAAAGGAUCAAAGGGAUGAUUAUCCCCAUGUUUUACACAAUGUUGAACCAAAGCGAAAGUUACCCAUUGAAACUCAAAGUUAAGGGAUACUUUCAGCGUGAUUUGACUGAAAUUACGGAAUAUCAUCUGGCAGCUCAAAUAUAUGAUACCAUUUUCCUCAUGUACAAUAUUUUGAAGGAGAAGAUACACCCUGUAUUAUGACGUCUUGGAGCGAGAUUAGGUUACAUAUUCUGUUAAUGUUACACAUGUGUUUGUUUUCGCUCGGCUUUUCGUUCUUGAUCUCGUUUUGCACCUUCAAACAGCUAUUUAAUUGUAAUUUCUGUUGAUUGCAAUUUAUCAUAGCGUGGUAGAAUUAUGUCUGUGGAUAGUUCUCGGUGUUUUUCAGACGACGAGAUCGCAGAAGCGUUGAAAUAUGGAGCAACGAAACUGGGAUUGCAUGACGGCUUUCGGAGUCAACAAGCUGAUGCUCUGCGUGCUUUUUUCCGUGGACACGAUCUCUUCGUUAGCCUGCCCACCGGCUUUGGCAAGAGUGUCCUCUUUCAAGCUGCUCCUUUCUGUUCGGACUACCUUCGAAAGAAUGCUGAUGGGCCCGGAGUAUCUGAUCCUUUGAAGGCGAUUGCAUUGAUUGUUAUGCCUUUGAAGUCACUGAUAUCAGAUCAGAUUCACAAGGUUGAGAGCUUUGGAUCGUUUGGUGUGGAUAUUUCAGGUGGGAUGACAGACGUCAUUCGUGAGGGAAUUUCUUCUGCAAAGUAUUCUCAUAUUUUUGCCAGCCCUGAGAGUUUACUUGAUGAGGAUGGUCGUGAAAUGUUCACUCUUCUGAAAAAUCGCCACUGGAUCUGUGGAUUUUUCAUUGAUGAAAGUCAUUGUGUUUCAAAAUGGGGCAGUUCAUCAGGAGACACAAAAGCUUUCCGAAGUGCCUACAGCAAACUGGGAGAAAUCCGUUCCAAACUACGAUCAGGUGUUCCAGCCGUCGCGCUCACAGCAACAGCUACACGAGAAGUUAGACAUGCGAUCAUCGACAGCCUCGGACUUCGGAACUUUCUGUGGGUGAACGAGUCACCAGACAAAGCCAAUAUCAAACACAUCGUCAUGAAGUCCUCUUCAAAAGACUACGACAACAUAUUCCGGCAUGUGAUAGAUGGCGUCAGGGACAAAGGGUUGUUCUGUGAGAGGACAAUUAUAUAUUGCCAAUCUAGGAAGACCUGUAGUGAGGUGUACGCAACCUUCAUUGCACUGCUGCCAAAAGAUCGUCAUGCCUACAUCAACAUGUAUCACACAAACACUGAAAACGACGUGCAAGAAAAAAUAAUUCAGUCAAUGGCAUCACCAGAUGGAGAGGUUAGAGUCCUCAUAGCAACUGUUGUGGGGGAAGGAUAAUUUGAGGGGUUGUUUAUAUUUAGGGCGUAGAGGUCGAUUGUGUAGCAUAGGGGCCAGGGUAAAAAAAAAAACACACACACAACAGUCCUGACAAAGGACUAUGCCUGAUGAUGAUCUGGAGCAGAUUUGGUAAAAUUUAAUUAUCAAGGAACCGGUAAUUUUGUCCAUGUUUGUAUCACAUCGUAAGAAAAGAGGAUUUCCCCAAAAUUUGCCUCAAAAGAGUAGUCCAAUGGACUGCUCUCUAUAUUUAUCUCUCUCUCUUUUUUUUUUUUUUUUGCUACACGUCACAGACGCUGCAGUCUGCAAGGAUCGCAAAGUUGAGAAACUUCUCAUCCUUGACGUGGAAUAGAAACUCUAUGAAAGUAACAAGAAUGAACAGAAAACUGGAGCUUUUCCAAGAAAGUCCUUCUUGAAAACUUGGCAACGAAUAUCAAUAACAGAGGUGUAAGACAAGGACAUUUUCAAAUUCAUUUAGAAAAAUCUGGUAAUCAAGAGCCCAUCUCCAUGAACAAAAGCCAUGCUCUGAGUGUUGUUGGAAUCGUCAAAAGGAUCAAAGGGAUGAUUAUCCCCAUGUUUUACACAAUGUUGAACCAAAGCGAAAGUUACCCAUUGAAACUCAAAGUUAAGGGAUACUUUCAGCAUGAUUUGACUGAAAUUACAGAAUAUCAUCUGGCAGCUCAAAUAUACGAUACCAUUUUCCUCAUGUACAAUAUUUUGAAGGAGGAGCCUCUUCCCAUUUUGCUAGAUGGCAAACUCGAAGGGUCUCUCAAACCAGAAGAUUACAUCUGGGGAUACAGUGAACAGACCAAGACUAAGUACAAAGAUCUGGCAGAGAGCUAGACAUAACCGAGGAAAUAAGUUCUUUGUUGAAUUCAGAAGAUUGCCUGAUGAUGAUCUGGAGCAGAUUUGGUAAAAUUUACUUAUCAAGGAACCGGUAAUUUUGUCCAUGUUUGUAUCACAUCGUAAGACAAGAGGAUUUCCCCAAAAUUUGCCUCAAAAGAGUAGUCCAAUGGACUGCUCUCUAUAUUUAUCUCUCUCUCUUUCUUUUUAUUUUUUUUGCUACACGUCACAGACGCUGCAGUCUGCAAGGAUCGCAAAGUUGAGAAACUUCUCAUCCUUGACGUGGAAUAGAUACUCUAUGAAAGUAACAAGAAUGAACGGAAAACUGGAGCGAGUUCCAAGAAAGUCCUUCUUGAAAACUUGGCAACGAACAUCAAUAACACAGGUGUAAGACAAGGACAUUUUCAAAUUCAUUUAGAAAAAUCUGGUAAUCCAGAGCCCAUCUCCAUGAACAAAAGUCAUGCUCUGAGUGUUGUUGGAAUCUUCAAAAUGAUCAAAGGAAUGAUUAUCCCCAUGUUCUACACAAUGUUGUACCAAAGUGAAAGUUACCCAUUGAAGCUCAAAGUUAAGGGAUACUUUCAGCAUGAUGUGACUGAAAUUACAGAAUAUCAUCUGGCAGCUCAAAUAUACGAUACCAUUUUCCUCAUGUACAAUAUUUUGGAGGAGCCACCGAAAUA